UUGAAGAAAGCGCAAACCGCAAGCUCUUUGGCUGACAGUUUCGAUUUGGUCUCGUCGCUCGUCGUCUCCUCACCCCUCGAUCGCGAGAGAGGAGGUUUCUUGUAAGCCAUAGGAAGAUAAGGAGGAGGAGAUGGGUUCCGAUGCCGUGGCCGACGACGCCUAUCUCACCGCCAUGUCGCGGGACGUCGCCAGGAAAAAGAGGACUAACAGGUCCGCGAAAUUGAAGCAGUGCAAGCUCGACGCGCGGCGCGAGCAGUGGCUCUCGCAAGUGAGGAACAAGGAUUGCGUGGUGACGAGCAGGCGGCCGCCCGCUGCGUCCCCUCCCCGUCAUCCGGUUCCUUCUGAGAAGUCGAACGGGAGGUUGAAGGAAGAGGAGCAGAAGGAGGAGCAUCGGGUUGUAGCGGAACGGGAUGGAUCGAUCUCUAACGACAGCGAGGACGGUUCUCCAACUCAUGGCAGCACCAUGAAUGGAUGCCCAAACGAUAGUGUCAAGAGUUUAAGCAGCUAUGGAUCCUCCUCGAGAAGUAUCAGCGAUGCUGAAGAGGAGGAAGAUGAUUGUGAGGAGAGAGGUGAUGAGAAAGGGGGCAUGGACGAUUGGGAAGCCUUUGCUGAUGCAUUGUCUGUCGUCGAUGAACAACCCAAUUCGAACCCUGUCGCCGGAAACCCAGAUUCUAAGUCAAUUCCCUGUGGCAUGGACAAAGAUUGCCAUGAGGGUUUGGCAAAGCCUGUUGCUAAGCCGAUGGUGCCCAGAGCUUGGAGGCCAGACGAUGCUUCCCGCCCACAGAGCUUGCCCAACCUUUCAAAGCAGCGGAGCUUGCCGGUGAGCACAGAGCGGCGCCUUGCUGCAGCCGGGUGCGCACAGCAUGGCAUCCUCUCCACACCGUCUUCAUGCCCCAUUUGCUAUGAGGACCUGGAUCCAACUGACUCGAGCUUCCUCCCAUGUAACUGUGGCUUUCGCCUUUGCUUGUUUUGCCACAAACGGAUUCUCGAGGCAGACGGACGCUGCCCUGGGUGCAGGAAGCAGUAUGCUCCUGUGGCGGGCGGUGAGGUCCGCAUUGGUGGUGGAGGACAGCCUUUUGCUCUCCAUCUAUCUCGUUCUUGUAGCAUGAGUUCAAGAACCUAGGUAGUCACGUCCACUGCUUUUCUAUUCUUACAGUGAAUGUUCUCGUUCAAGGAGACCUGUGGGACUUCUAUGUUUUCGUCAUUAUAGAGUUUUCUUUUGAAGAAAGCCAUGUGAAUAUGGGCAUAGAGUUUGGGUGUAUAAGAACUGAUUUUGGUAACAUAAUGCGAUUAAAAUGUCUGCAUCAUUUGUAUGAAUGUGUGCAUGUGAAUGGACUGAAUAUGUUAAUACGCAAUUCUUUUUUUGGAACAUGUUAAUCCUUCUAGGUUGAAGCCCGAACAUUACUUUAAAUUAGCUUUCAACAUUCGUUACUCUAAAACCAGGGGAAGUUACUUCUCUGUAUAUUUUAUUGAAUUCAUGUUUUUGUUAAUCAAUGUCUUGUCUAAAAAUUGUGUAAAGAUACCUGUUAGACUACAUGUUGCAUUUUUCUUUUUCGUAGAAACUUAUUGGUAGAUUUCCUACUUUAAUCCUGUGAAUGAUGCCUAGUUGUUAUAUGUUCUAAUCAUCUAAUGCUUUUGCGAGUAUAGUAUGGCCCAUCAUAUUUACUUAAAUGCAUCUCGUUUAGAAAGGUGGGAAGAAGUUACUGAAGUUUCUUAGAUACUCUUUGGCUUCAAAGAUGGUAAGUAGUUUAAUUUAUUUUCAAUUAUGGUACUUAUAUUUUAAUUUUUUGUUCAAUGAUAUUUUACUAUCAUGUAUGUUUAUUGUGCAGGUUAUGCCUUUUGAUUUGCGACCAUGCCACUGAUCUGCUUUUGCGAUGGACUUCAUGAAUAUUCUGUGUGAGGGUUUGGCAGAAAGAGGGAGGGGAGGGGAAGAGGGAAGAGGAAGGAGAGGGGGUUGUGAGGGUUUGGGAGAAAGAGGGAGGGGAGGGCUCUAUUGGGCUCCGAGGGAGCUCAACGCAUUAUGCAAGGAGGAGAGGAUAGGGGUUUGUCAAGGUCGAGGUAGGGGGAGAAUGCGACACCGAAGGAGGGGGAGGGAGAAGAAGAGCUCAUCAAAGAAAGACGUUGGAGUCAUCCAUCGAUGGAGAGGAAGAUGUUGCCUCAAUGAUUAGAUUUGGGAAGAGAUGCUAAUCAGGUUCGAUCAAGUAGAAUCAAUAAACAAAAUUGAAUUAGAUUGAACCCAAUCCCAUUGUUGGCUCAAGUGCAUGCCUAAGUCGCCUGCCAGGCUCAAGCACGUGCCUGAGCAGCGCUUAAUUGAAAGUGCUUGCUUGGACUGCUUAAUAGGUGCUCGGGUCACACCUCGUGCCUUGGCAAGUGCUUGUUUGGAGCAUGUGCUGAUUCCCCAGUUCUUGAAAUGGAAUCUGUUUAUGUUGAUGUCACAGAGGAUGCUAGCGACAAGACUAUCACGGAUUCUCUAGUAAGCGACAAGGUAAAGCCUUCCAUAAUCUUUGGCCUCCAAAGAACACAUGAUUGGUAAUCCUUCUACUAAUGUGGCAGGUGAUUGCGAUGCAACAAAGUUCUUGGCGAGAUCGAGCUCGCAGGUUCCGAAACGACUCAGAAAGUUGAAAUUCCUCUCGGAUGAAUGGCAGGAGCUCGUAUGGAACCAGCUGGAGACUUGAUAGUUCUUCAGUUAGACUUGCUGAAGUAGGGAACCGAUGGUGUUGAAGGAGACAGGAAGGCAUUGUAGAGUGAGUUUUUAUUGCACCUUUCUGUAUUGCAAUCUUUAGUGGAAUAUUAGCGUUAUUUUUUAUUUGGAUGUCAUGAUGUAUCUAUAGUUUUAGCGAUUCCUUUCUCGCCAAGGAUGACAUACAUGAGGUCAAUUCAGAUGAUAUUUACGGAAUAUUGCGACACAUUUAUAGCUUAAAUGUGACACAUCAUGUUUCAUCUC